UAAUAUUACCUAACUUUUAUUAUUAUCCUUAAAUCUUUGAGAUUUUUAGCCUGUACAACCAUUCCAUGAUGGAUGAGUGGAAGGAAUGCAAGUGUGAAUCUUGCAAAAGUUGUAUAAUGUUACAAAAAUUGAAGACAGAGGGCUAUGAGUGCAAUGCUCUGGUUGAACAAGCUUUGCAUGGUAAAGUUGUUCCUCCACCUUGGUAUGACAAGCAAAAAUUCUUGAGAGGCCAAGAGUUCUUCCACAUGAAUUUCCUGUCAAUUUUCAUGAGCAACCUGGUUAGUUUGAGUGCAAUUCUCCACGUACAAGGAAUUGUCUCAGUUCUCAGUCACACUGGCAAGUCUUCCACUCAAGUGACGGCUGCUGUGAGAUACUUGUCCACUCUUCGGCAUGUGUACUUGUGGUAUUCUGGAGAUCCAUUUGAACCUGGUUCUGAAGCAAAUAAAUCUAUCAUGUUGGUUAGAAAAAUGCAUCUAGCUGCCCUAAAAGGAAUUCCCAAAGAAAAGUGUUUGAAUGGCUGUGAUUCUCACAACUCACUGCCACAAGAAAAACAACUGUUCAAUGCUAGUAAUUCAAUAACAGAGGCUACUUCAUUGCACUCUGAUACUCAUUUUAACCACUCUUCAGAGAGCCAAGAAGAUCUUAGAGGGAUGCUGUGCAAAAGUGGGAAAACACAGAAGGCGUCGCAGGUAGACAUGGUCGCCACCUUAUGGGCGUUCUGUGCUCUGCCUUGCAUCAAAUGGCGCGAGCUGGGUGUCGCCGAAUCAUCUCUGCACCUCAUGCCAGACUUCAUACAUUUCUGGAGGACUGUAGGAUAUCUUAUGGGCGUUCAAGACCGCUUCAACAUCUGUGCUCCUUUCAAUUGGGACACAUCAUUGCAAGAUUCUACAAGCUGCUCCUCAGAAACAAUGAUUGAGAAGCCUGAGUUUGUCGCUCUUCUGCACCAGCUUUUGGAUCCGUCUAUCAGAAAAGACAAGGAAGCAAGCCAUCAAAUGGUGGAAGCACUCCUAAGGGGCAUCAAAAAAGUGGUGCUGGUGGUUGAGUACGAGGCGUUCCUAUGCUUCUCGUACCGCGUGCUGGGGCUUGCUUCUCAUGCACAGGCGCUGCUGCCUCUCUUGUCUGACUCGCAACAACGACUCCUCAAUCUGCAGGUGUACGUCUUCGGUACGCUGCUGCACAGGCCCGUGCUAGGUCCGCCAUUACGCCGCUUCUUGAACGCGUUGCUGCUCUUCAGCAUCACCUACGCAGACAACCCCUUCGUCAUCACCGCAGUCGACUUCGUUGUCACCACAGUCGACUUCAUCGUCUCUAUCGUCUACUUCGUCAACAUUGGCGUUGUAACCACAGUUAACUUCACCGUCGCUACGGUGGUUGGCGUCGUCAACGCUUUAUUCGGGGCCCUGUGGAGGGUAGCCGGCUGGCGAUAAUUUGGGUCCUGCUAGACAGUGAUUAGUACUUUAAUCAGAAAGAUCUUCCUAACUUUAUCAGUGGGAAUUGUGAUAUAAUUGUUGUGCAAUAAAAGGCCAAGUGUACUUAAUUUAAGCAAAAAGCACAAAUGAUUGUUGAAUAACAAUAGUAGUAGCGUUUCCGUCCCACUAUGUCUUCAAUGCCAAAGAGUUUUUGAAUAAUUACUUUCUCUGUAGGAUAAUUUCUAAGCAGUCAAGACCAAAACUUCAGGUUCAAACUGAAAACGAACAAAGUCAUUGAGCCUAACUAAAGUAUCGUGAAGCUCAAUUAGGAGGAGAUUAAGACUCAACUAAUCGCAACGCAGUAGUAUUUUGAUGUUAGAAUAAACACAGCUUAUCUUCCAUCUUCGUUGGCAAUUUUGGCUGCUUCUGUAUUGGCUGCGUUAGCUGGUAGUCGUCGCAUCAGCGACGGUUUGAUAUUUUUUUUGGGGUAAUCAUGCAGGAAAACAUGUAAGAAUUUGAGUGAAAGAAUUUAUAGGCGUUUGAUAAAAUGCCAAUCUAAUGCAUUGAAGGGAUGCAGAAUUUUUUGAAGAAUUAUUAUCGAGUUAAAAAUUCGAAGUUGUAGCCAUGGAUUGGCAGCCUAUGUUCCUCAACCAUGCUUGUUCUACAGUAGCGCGUUCUAAACCUCAUAAUAUGGUGUCACGUUCAUGGCUUGGCCCUGAGCAUUCUAUUGCCUUUCUCUGACUUAUUUAAAUUACCAUCGAGUGACUUAUAAGUAUUACGGACGAAUAUUUUUUGGUAUACUUCAUCACUGACUUAUUGGUAUUAACUCUUCACUGACGUAUUGAUGUCACAAGACAUGUAAAUUUAGGUUUUUAACUUCUGUGUUUUUUCUAUU